UUCCCUCAUUUUCAAAUCCAUCAACCAAACACCCCUUAGUCUCCAAAACUUAUCCAUCUCCACCAAAAGCCUCCUCUGUGCCUCCUGCACCUAGUCUCCCUUGCUUUGUCUCUCGGUUCUGGUGUCUUCGAUCAUUUCCUCGCCAACCUCGCUUCCCAAAUCGUCGUCAGAAAAUACCAAGCAUGCGGCUUGGUGCUCGUUGCUUUCAAUCGAAGCCCGACUUUCUACUUGGAGUCGCUGAGGCACAAGGGAGUAGACGCACAACAUGUGGAUACACGCUUGCAAUGAGAGAGGCUUGCAAAUAUGUUAAUGAAAAGCUUUCUAUAAAGGUUGAAAAACUUGGCAAAGAGUCUCUUACAAACUGUGCAAAGACAAGCAUGUCCUCGAAAUUAAAUGCAAUUGACAGUGACUUUUGCGAAUUUGUUAUGUUUGGUGCUCAUCGCUACCACCAAAAGAUUAGGCUUUUGAUUACGGGCAAUGAUCCAAGUGUUAUUUCUGUCGGGUUUCUAAGGUCCUGAAUAGCUUUAAUUUCUUGAUCCAUCAAGCAGAAAGCUAUUUAUAUGGCAUACAAGAAGCAGCAUAUGUAACCAGCAUGGUAUAACAGUGCACAAUUUAAUAUGGU